AGUUUGUAAGAUGUGAUUGUAAAACGAGAAGGAUGAAAUAAACGUGAAAGAUAUAGGAAUGGAAGAGAAGGAGAAUGUGCGUAAGAAAAAAUGAAUAGAUGGCAGGAAGUUAGCGUCAAUGCAGCUGCGGUCCGUUCGCGUUCCCUGUUCCCGGUGUUCAGAUCCAAAAUUAGUAAAUAAAAGAUGGUGGCAACGAGCAAGUUGUGUACCACAUUGUCGCUAAGAAAAUGUCUGGUAAAAUGAAGUGGAAACGUAGAGGAAUCGUGAUUUCAGAAGAAAACUCAAGAGGCAUAGAGACCUAGUGAAAACGUUUUUCUUAGGUACUCUAAUUAACGUGUAAAUAGUGUUCUUUUUUUUAUCUACGUUUACCGAAGUAGAAAGAGAAAGAGAAAGAAAGAAAGAGACAGACAGACAGACAGAGAGAGAGAGAGAGAGAGAGAGAGAAAGAGAGUAAAGAAGAGGGGAGAGAGGAAAGAGAAAAGGAGAGAGUGAGACACCGAGAGAGGACCGAGGAAGAGUGGCGGCCGAAAAGGAGGAUAAUCUUGCUCCAGAGUUCACUGUAAGUUUCAUUCACCCUGCAUGCCGUUGCACGUCUUUCUCGUGAAUCUUUCCCGAUUCUUGUUUCUCAACGAGGCGUCUGAACGAACGCCGCAUUUAAGCCAGCCGUUAUCCAUAUUGCGGUGCAUUAAUAGCCGGACGUCGAGGAGAGAGAGCUAUAGUUUCUCUCGAGAUAAGUAACAAUCAAGAUGGUGGUGGGCGAAGCUAGUAUACAUAAUAUAAUGGGAGGGAUGGAGAGUACAGGAGGAGUGCGUCUUCAUAAUCACAAGAGGAAAUUGAAGCAAAGGUUUGACAUUAUCAAGAAACUGGGCCAGGGAACUUAUGGCAAGGUCCAAUUAGGAAUAAACAAAGAAACGGGCCAAGAGGUAGCGAUAAAGACAAUAAAAAAAUGUAAAAUAGAGACAGAGGCUGAUCUGAUUCGGAUACGUAGAGAGAUACAAAUCAUGUCAAGCGUACAGCACCCUAAUAUCAUUCACAUUUACGAAGUUUUUGAAAACAGAGAGAAGAUGGUAUUGGUUAUGGAAUAUGCAGCCGGUGGUGAGCUUUACGAUUACUUGAGCGAACGCAAAGUUUUGUCGGAACAGGAAGCACGAAGAAUAUUUCGUCAGAUAGCAACUGCAGUUUUUUACUGUCACAAACAUAAAAUAUGCCAUAGAGAUCUUAAACUAGAAAAUAUACUCUUGGAUCAAGUUGGAAAUGCAAAAAUUGCUGACUUUGGUUUGUCAAAUGUAUUCGACGAACAAAGAUUAUUGAGUACAUUUUGCGGUAGUCCAUUGUAUGCAAGUCCUGAAAUAGUAAAAGGUACACCUUAUCAUGGACCUGAAGUAGAUUGUUGGAGCUUGGGAGUCCUUUUAUAUACAUUGGUUUACGGUGCCAUGCCCUUUGAUGGGUCCAAUUUUAAGCGACUAGUCAAGCAGAUCUCACAGUCUGAUUAUUUUGAACCCAAGAAACCUUCUCCCGCUUCCCCUCUGAUUAGGGAUAUGCUCACAGCUUGUCCCGCUAGACGAGCAGACAUUGAAAAGAUUUGCAGUCAUUGGUGGGUAAACGAGGGCUAUGAACAAAAUUGUCUCGACAUCGCGGAAGAUCUUGCUGCACAAACUCCUGUUCGACUCGAUUUGUUGCUCUCGUUGGUACCUCAAUCGGCUAGCGCAGAGAAAUUACUUGUAGGCGAUCAACAAACAAGCGGAGAUGUCGCAAAUAAUAUGUCUUCCGAAACGCUAGUGCCUACGAGAUGUCACUCGGUUGGUAGUCUAAUGGAAUUCGAUCAAAGUAAUUCAGACAGACGAAUAAGAGAAUUAUUUGAGGAAGAAAAUAGAGGAGCAGCAGCAGCUACGGACGCGAAGAGAAAAUUAGAGACUACGCCAUCGAUGGAUGAGACAAUUGCGGCGACCGUUAAAAAGAAAGAAAGGUCUAGGAGAAAAGAAAGAUCAGACGAAAGAGAGCCUAGAAUGUAUAGAUCAACGUCCAGGCAUCAUUCAGCACCGAUUCCAAACUCUAUAAUGGAAGAAACGAUGGAAGUAGAGCCUACAGCGACUGUAACUGUUCCUACAAGUAAGACUGUUGAUUUAAAUAAAGUAGACGCGGCAGCUUGUUUAGAAUUAAUAGAAGAAUCUAAAGAAAAAUCACCUAGCAAGGAGAGAAGUAAGACGCCAGUACCUAUGGAGCAUGAACAAUUAUCCAAAGAAAUGUCUGCAAAAAAUAUUGAUAGAUUUUACGAUACUAGUCAAAAUGAAAACAAGAAGGAAGGUACGUUGCAAGAGACGUCGGAGGAAAGUAAUCAUCAACAGGCAAUUGCUUCUGUAGAAAAGAAUAAAAGUACACAUGCAUUACCAAAUAAAGUAGCGUCAAGUAAGGAAUUAAACGAUACUUCCAAAAUAAAUGUGCCAAAUAAAGAUAAUUUAAGUAACAAGUUGGAAAUCGAUAAUCCGCUCGACUCCGUUUCGGAGGAUAUGAAACAAAUAGACUCUACGGAUAAAGAAAUUAAGAAGUUAAAGGAAAGAGCGUUGUCUCUUGAUUCUGAACUUGCCAACGAAGUAGAGGAUGUACUUACGAAACCCGUUGAAAGACGGCGAUCGAAAAUCUUUGAAACUGCAGAGAAGUUCAAUCAAAUGACAUCCAGCUUAGAAAAUGAAAAGCCAAAAAAGAUUUUCAUUCCUGGUGUUAACGUCGGUGGUGCCAAGCGUGCCUUCGAACGCAAAGCGAGUCUUACAUCUGGUACCGUUACACCGGUUAAACAUAAUGCUUCUAAAGUUAUUAUCGACGUAGAUAAGAAAUCUGAAAAAAUUGAUGAUAAAUCAAAACUCGUUCAGGCUAGCGUAGAUACGGAGGAGAAGUCGAAUAAGCGAGACGACGCUAAGAAACGAGCUGUUGAUAUAAUAACUGGCGCGAUUGGUAAGCCACCCGUGCUUCGAAAAGUUAAUGGUUCUCCGCCAACGUCUCCUCAAAAUCAAGAGUCUAAAAAGAUAGGAUUAAAGAUACCAGUAGGUCCGAACGAUAUUAGGGCUGCAACGGUAUCUGUAUCUACGCCAACUGAAACCAAAUUCUCAUUUGACAAUAAUUCCAUUUCGUCCGACAUUACUACACCUACUACGUGUGAAAUAUCCAAUAGUGAUAAUUCACAAACCGAAGAGCCAAAGGUAUCCAGCAAAAUGGAAAUAACACUUAAAAGUGCCACUUUACCACGACCCCGAAAAACAAGUAAAGCGGAAAUUACAUUGUCAGGGAAUAAGAUUCCAGAUACAGUUGCUUUUAAAUCAGAAGUGGAGGCUAAAGUCGAUGCUUUCCCGUCGCAGAAGCUAAGAACACAAAGAUCUGAAAUAGCAUUUCCCGUGGCUGCAGUAGUUCCACAGACAAAUAGAAGUUCCAGUCUAGAACCAGAGAUAAAGCCGAAAGUUCAACCGCGAGAGAGGAUUAUCCCUAUUCAGGUUGAGCCAGACCAUCAACAUGUACAACAAUCGCCUACUACUCCUCCCAAACCUCCGAUGCCACAGAGAUCUAUGUCCCAGCGAUCAGGAUCUUUAUCUCGUCAAUCAACAGCGGACUCCGAUACUGACAGUGCUCUUGGUUCAACGAUAGGACCGGAACCGAUAAGAAAAAGCCCGAGGGAAUAUAUAAUUCCUAUUGCUGUAGAAGGUGGUGGCUAUGUUACACCCAGAUCUGGUAGUGUAGAGCCAGAAAGUAAAACUGGCACACCAACUAGUACAAAUCCGCCAAGAUCCAGAUUCAGUAGACCAAGAAGAAUGAGUUCUCUGUUAUCUGAUGCUAGCGAGGAUGAAUCGCCAUUUUCUACUUUACAUAGAGAUAGCGAAGAUCUUUUACAAAGGCAUAUGCACAGAUUGCGAAGUUCACGACCAUCUAGACAACCGUCUGAACACGGCGAUAGUUUAUCUUCCGGCGAAGAUGACGACGACGAUGGUUUCGAACUAUUAACAGCUGAAAAUUUGUUUUCUACUUUAUUGUCUAGAGUACGAAGCUUGACACAAAGACUUAACGUUGACGAUAGAGGCAGUAGUAGUUUCCCAAGCAGCCGAUUAUUGGGACGACUUGGAGUUAAUUCGCCGCAAAAUUUCUGGGGUCAUAAUAAGCCAUUAUCAAGCCACGAGAUCUACUUUGAAACAAGGACCGUGACAACGCGACUGUCGGAAUCGCAGUUCAAACAUUCUCUAAGCCGUGACACCGAUAUAUUUGGCAGAAAAGAUUCUACCAGUUCAAUAAAUCCUGGCUCUCCUAAUAGUCCAGGUUCUCACAACGCACCUUCUUCAAGAGAGAGCGUUUUUGAAAUUGGAAGCAAUACAUUACCACGAGAUAAAGUAGAACAUGAAGACAUAGAAGCGGAGACGGUACAAAUCAGAAAAGAGGCUCAAGAAUCCUUAGAACAGAAUUUUACUCCUAGUUUGGCACGAAGAUUAAGCAGGCAGUUUAUAGAACAAACUAGACAAUCAUUACCAAGAUCGUCAUCAAUAUCAUGCGAGAAGUAUUAUCAAUCUCCGACUAGGGAAAAUUUAAGUUUAAUAGAUACACCCGAGGGUAUUAAAAGGCAUUCUAGUUCAACUACAUCGGAUCAAACGGAAUAUAGAAGUAGAUCGGCCGAUAGAAAUAUUCGAAGAACUAAUAGUUUGUUGGAAGCCGGAAAUAAAGCGGAUAAACUAGAUUACCGAUUUUCUAGAAGAAGUAUCAGUCUCUUUGACGACGACGAUAACUUCUUACCACUUCCAAGACAAGUCAUGACUCUUGGGAGAAAGUAUAAAGAAAUUGGAAGAUCGAAUUCUGGGAAUACUUGGAGAGAUACUUUUAGCGUUCAUAGAACGGAUAAAAUUCAAGAAGAAUCGUUAGAAGAUACAUCACAGUUGCCUAAAGAAGUAUUAAACAAUACGGAUAAUAAUCUAGACGCUGGUUCGGUAUCCGAAUGUACUUCGGUAUCUAUAUGUAACUCAAACACUAAUUUAGUCGAUACUACAUCUAGUAUAUCGAUCAAAUCUCGCGACACAUCCCCUGCUGAUUCGUCGUCAAAUAUAAUUGAUUCUGGUAAACCACCAUACAGAAUGGAUUCGUCGAAAAAUUUUGAAAAUAGACUUUUGGCAGCUGAGAAUCUGAUAAAGGAAUCAAAAUUGAAGAAUUUAGGACCGUCGAAGUUUGAUCCCAAUUUAAAUUCUAAUUACAAAGAAACUGAUAAAUGCGACAAAGAGUCUUUAAGUACAAUCUCGGAUGCACCUAACAUGACCAUAUCUAAGCGACGCAGUUGCAUUCCAAGUUUAAGAUUACGUUCUGGUUCUUUAACGAGGGAACCUUGUAUAGAUAGUGAUAGGAGAAAAUCAUUUGCCGGAUCGCAAGGAACUCUUUCCAACGUUAGAGCAUUAUCGCCAGAAAAAUCUAUUUUAAGUAAGUUCUUUAGAGCUGGUAGCAGUAAAGAGAGUGAUUCGAAGGACAAAUCUCAGAAACCUAAGCAGCAUCGAAUUUCACGCUUUUUACGACCAGACUUUUUUGAUACCCCGCGGGAAGAAAGUCGAUACGUUAAAGAAAAAGAAGCGCAAAAAGCUGCGGAGAACGAACGAAGAAAAUCUAGAUUCAUGAAAAAGAAAAGUGAAAAUAAAAGCGCGGAAUGUAAGCAAGAAACGAAGCCAGAGAAGGAAUUGAAGAACGAAAUGAAUUCGCUUAAAAAAGAUAAGUCUGAUAUUUCGUCGGACGAUAAAUCCAAUAAAGAUGAUCAUUCGAAAUUGAAAUUUGAAAGGCAAUCCUCGAGAAAUAGUUUUCUACAUUCUUUAGAAAAGAAAUUAGAAAAGUUUCGCGUAACUGAUGAAACACCAAAAUCUUCGUCCAAUGGCGGUCUCUUGAUCGAUCAGAAAGUAAGAGCUUUGAGAGAAAACUCGGCACCUCCGUCAGAUUCCUUGUUCACAGAAUCAAAUUUAAUAAAAAGGGCAAUUAGCGUCGAGGAUCUGUCUUCGAAAGAGAAUUCUCUUAAUUCUAGAAAAAGUAGAGUAUCGUCUGUUCUAGGACUGUUUAAAAGUUCUGAUGUAAAACAAAAUUCAAACGCAAUCAAAUCGCAAAGUACUAUAAUGAGCAAGUUAAAGAAAAGUCCUCCUAAGCUUGUAAAACCGGAUGCUUCUUCGACGAACGAGGAUACGUCAUCCACAAGUAAAAUUCCAAUGAAAAUGGUUAAAAAUGACUCUAGAUUAAUUAAAAAACCUACAGAAAGUAAAAAACCUUUGGAUAAUUCUCAAACGGAAUCGAAAAAGUCGCAAUACAAAGACAAAGUAAAGGAAAAAGAUACGAAUUCGAAAGAGAGGAAAUUGUCCAACGAAAAACAGUUAAAAACAAGCGUAGAAGAUGAAUCGCAAAUGGAUAAAUCAUCUACAACAGAGAUUUCAGUCGACAAAGAAAUAGUUAAGAAAACAAAUUUAUGUAAAAAAGAAGAUGAUCCUAAGCCUAUUUCUAAUGUAUCAGAGACUCGUAAAGUAAUAGACAACGUCGCCGCAGAAGGAAAUAGUUGUAAGCAAGAGAAGAAAGUAAUAAAGACGAAAAAGAACAUAGGAUCUGUAAAAAAGAUCGGUACUGCGGUUACGAAAGGGGAGAAAGAAGAAAAUGGCGAUAAGAAAACAUCAAAAAUCAGUAAAUUAAAGGAACCAGUGCAAAAGGAAGAGGCUGAAGGUACUAAGAAGAAAAAAAUUGUACGCGUCGUUAAGAAAGUAGUCAAAAAAUCGUCUGAAAAUUCUGACAGCAAAUCGGAAGAAAAAGGAAAAGUUUUAAAACCUAUUGCAAAAGGUAGUACCUCGCCUAAAAAAGAAAAAAGUCCAGAAGCUCCGGCGAUCAAUGCUGAUAAUUCAAACGAACGUACGUCUGACUUACAAAAUUCAACAAAGCCUACAACCAGCGACUGUUCUACUCAAGAAACACGAACAAAGACGAAAGCAAAUCUUUCUGCCGUUGAUACAAUAUCAAAUAAAUCAGAACUAAUAGCAUCUGGAAAUAAUUCAAGUAAAAAUCCCGAUUGUACUCAAAUAAAUAUUACGGAUUCUGAUGCUACUCAAACGAAACCUAGUGACCCACGAGGGAACAGAGGAAGUUUAAAGCUUGAUUUAUCUAAAAUACCUCAGCACACAUUCAGAAAUACCACCCCUAAAAAGGAAUCCCCAAAAUCUGAAAUAGUUAAAGCAAAUGUCAACGCGCCGUCUCAAUCUCCAAAAAUAAAUGAAACCAAUGCUGAUAUCCCUUCAGAAAAGUUCUUAGAUUCUUUAUCGAAAAUGACGCAUCACGCCACUAUUACUGGUAACAAAAUAAUUAUUGAUAAACCAUUGAGAGCUAAGGAUGUUGCCGAAUUGAAGAAAGAGGUCAAUGAAUGUGCAAGACUUCUAGAAAAUCAAAUAGAAUCACAUAAUGAUACCGUACCAUCCAACGAAGAUAUUACCGCGAGGAAAGAAGAUGAAAUUAACGCAAAAUACGUUGCCCCAAAUAAUAUUGACGAAACUGAACCUGCAAUUGAAAAAGAUAUUUUCAAAGAUACAACGCAAUCUACUAACAUAGAUACUUACGCGGACGAAGUGACUUCACCUGCCGAUGAACCAGACAGUUUUGAUUCUUGGUCGAUAUGUUCGGCCGAUAUGAAUCACACGCGAGCUGAUUUAAGUUCACCCACUUCACCCUCGUAUUCUCUUUUUUCGCGUGGCGAUCAGGGAGAAUCUGUAAUAGAUAGAAUACGAAGGAGAAGUUUUUAUUUAAGAUUUAAUGAUAGAAGAAGGCCUUCUUUAACAGUACCACCGCCAGGAGUAACUUUGCCAAGCAGCACAUUACCAAGGAAAUAUAGUUCUAGUAAUUCAAGAGAUAGAGAUCGUAGUAAACUGAAUAGUUAUCCUUCAUCCAAUAAAAAACUAAUGCAAAGAAGUUAUAGCCUACACAACGACGACAUAUCGCCAUUUAGAAAAUCACCGAUCGAUAAAGAAAAAUACACAGAUCUAGUGUCAUACAACACAGAAGUUAAAACACCCACUGAACAUUAUAGUACCUUCUCACAUUCAACAUACGAUCCGUUACGAAAAUAUUUAAGAUCUCCAACAUUAGAAUUAUCUACAGCACAUAAAAGGUACCACAGUACAGACUUUAAUAUGGACGAUGACUUAGGAGCAUAUAGAAAUUCUUCUCUGAAUUCUAUAUUAAAUAAUAAUCCGGUAGAAUUUUAUGGAGGUAGAAAUUCUAGUAUGCUACCGAGAAAAUACGGAUCUACUGUUAUCUCCUCGGAACCAAAGACAGUAGAAUAUUACGAAGAAUUAUUGUCUCCAAGUAAUCCAGAAUAUCUAACAGUACGAAAAUCUCCAUUGUCCAAUGAAUACCUAAACAGAUGCGAAAAUGGAUAUUACAAUACAAAUUUAGUUAAAUCUAAAACAUGUAUAGCUAAAGCAAGAACAGAAUCCACAGAAGAGAUUAAUAAAGAACUUGAAGAACAAGGAAGAAUAACAAGUCAAUGUAAUAGUGAAUCCAACGAUAUGCCUUCAACUUCGUCAGAUUUACAAUCAAUUAUUCAUAAUACUGAAUGAAGGAUUAUUAAAUAUAAGGAACAAUAGAGAGAGAGAGAAAGAGAGGAGCAUCCUUUUAUAUUAUAUAUUUUUAUCCAGUCGAAAAGUAUAUUUUUCAAUUACUAUAUCCAUCUUUUUGUGUCUUAGAUUUUUACAAUAAUCCAGAAUGAAAGUAAUUUAUGCAAUAUUUUAGAGAAAUUUUUAUUAGGCUUUUAAAUAUUUCAUGGAUAAAUGAAUCAGUACCAACAAUGUUAAGUUUUAUUUGAAUAUAUUAUAAAUACUUGCUUUCACGUUUAACAUAUAUUAUUAUUUUGAGCAUAAAUUUCGAAAGAAUAAUGAAAAUACUAUAUAAAACUUUAUAUCGUCUAUGUAAAGUAAUGUAUCAAAUUUAAACGUGAAAGCAAUAAUUAAUGUUAUAAUGUUUUUAUAUAACAAAUAUAUUUUAAGUAUUUUUAUCUAUAUAUUUCAAGCUUCUUUGUAUGAUAAGAGCUCUGUUGCAAAGACAAUAUAUACGAUGAAAUAACAAGAAAGAAAUAUUGUUAAAUGAAAUGAAAUUGUCGCACGUCCUUAAUUAAAAUAUUUUCAAAUGUUAUCUAUUCUCUCUUUUAUUGCAAGUAAGAUUAUGUGGUUACAUAAAUUUAUCAUGAAUGACAUGAAUGUUGUAUUAAUCAUUUAGUUCUUAUAUUUCUUGGUAGUUGUGUCAAUAUUUGUGUUUUACCUUCUUUUUUUUUUUUUCUUUUUUUAUAAUAGCUUUAAACAAAAAGCUAUAUGUACACAAUCUAUAUAUUUAAUGCUUAUAUUUAUCAAAAAAAAUGUUAAGGCACACUAACGAAAUAUCUUUAUAGAAUGAUCAAUUUCUCCUUCUUUUUUGCAACAAAAAAUCGAUGAUGUGAUUAAUAACACGAUGUCAAAAUGCAAAUAGAAUUAGCAUAGCAUACAACUGCGUUCUUGUUAAGAAAAUUCCAGCAUAUAGUUUAUCGAUACAAUUGUACUGUAUAGCAUACAUAUAGCAUUGUGUUUCCCAAAUAUAAUGAUAUCGUUUUAUGAAGGAUAUUGUAAGUUAUGUAAGUGCGGCAUUGUAUAUAACAUUCACAUUCAAGAGUUCGUUUUUUUUUUUUUUUGUAACAUCAACUGUAUCAAAUCUAAUAAUAUACAUAAUAUUAUUUGGACUUAAAUAUUUAUAGAACUAUAAAAGUGAUAUUGGCAGUCGUUGAUCGUACAUUCGAACAAAAAAUAUAAAAAGUUAUAUUAAGUUGUUGUAACAAUAUCGGAAUAAAAAUAUCGAACGAAGCUCAUUUAUUUCUAUGAGCUCUUUUCUUAUGUCAAAUAGUUCUAUUAGACAUCUUCAGAAACAUUUAUGAACGAUCUUAUAAUUUAUACAAAAAAUCUGUUGUUGUUAAUCAUAAAGUAAUAAUUUUUGUUAAAAAAAAAAAAAAAAAAAAAUAAUGAUAUAUGUAAAAAUGCUGUUUGAAAGUAUGAGAAACUAAAUAGGGUUUUGAUUCCUUGUAGCAAUGUUGCCUUAUAUUCGAAAAGAUGAUUGCUGGUUAGAUCAAUCAAGGUGCGAAGAAAGUUGAUGUUUGUAUAGAAGCCUCUGACUGAUCAACCAUAGUCUUCCGCUUGUUAUGUAUGUGUUUUCUAUUGAUAUACACAUUUUAAAUAAAUAUUAAUAAUUGAA